UUUUUCUUCUGAGUUUACUAAAUGAUAUUGUAUUCUGUGUUCUGCAUUUUGUAUUUUAUUAGAACCUAAAAACACAGGCAUGUCUUUGAUAUUUUGUGAACUGUUGAAUAAGUGAAACAAUUAAAAUUUCUUGUGAUACUACAGCUAGUAACAGGAAUUUCCAUCAAGAAACUAUACUUAACCUUCAAGAAACAAGUUUCAACAUUCAACGUUUACGUCUCAACCCUCAAGUCUCAACUUUCAACAAGUGUGAAGUGAACAGCUACUAGAUGCUUUAAACAAAGCCAAGAACGUGAUGCGAUGCAAUACUUGGGAUCCCUUAUAUCACAUUGGUGCUAACUUCCAAGGCUCCAUGACGUAACGCGUGAAAGUAGAAUGCAUUCAACACUUUUAUUACUAUCGAUAUACACAAUAGGGACGCUUGCUACUCCAGUAGAUUAUCCUAUUAAAGUCGAUCUUCCAGUAUAUGAAGAUCCUGGAACAUUUAAAGGGCCAUCUGAUAUUCAUCUAGCUGAACCCCUAUUACCCGAAAAUCAUCCUGGAGUUGACACGCUACACAAUAAUAAACCUAAUUUAGUGGAUCAUAAACUAGGAGCGGCAAACGAUAUACUUCAUUACAAAACCCGAUUAGGAUAUGGAACAAAGACUGAAGGGGCAUUGCUGGAAACUGAAGGAUUCGGCAGUAAAGUUCUUUCUGUCAACGAAGGCAUUCAGCAUGUUGCCGCUGGGUUUUUACAGCCGAAACCGAUAGUGGAUACAAUACGAGAAGAGGAGAAGUACGGAAAUACAGGUGACAAAUUUUAUAACACUGGUCGAGCAAUUGUCGGCGGUGCGGAGCGGAUAUCGAACCUCGUCAAUUCAUUGAUUGCGAUACCAGGAACCCUGUUGAACACUAUAACUCGAUCCGCCUCCGAAAAACUGAAUGCAUUUGGUGGAAAACUUGUUGGUUUAUAGAUAGAUAUUUGUUAGAAUUAAAAAAAUCAAAUUAGUUAUUGAAUAAUUCUGUAUUGUCUUUUGUAAUUUUAAUUAUUAUCUUACUUACGCAUUUCUUCCACUUACUAUUUCCUUUCUUCUUUUCCCAAUAUCUUUUCUUUUUACUCACUAGGGUUGCCUGAGAGAGAUCGCUUAAUAGCUUUAAAGCAGCUCGUCACACUCCUAAUCAUUUAAAUUAAGAUAUUUUUAUU